CAACUGUAACUGGGCCCUAGACACAGAGCGAGUCUUAGCCCAGCAGCAGGACAACCAGCCAGACGGCACAAUGGCACUGAGCACGCAGACCCAGGCCACCUGCCUCCUGCUCCUCCUCCUGGCCGGCCUGACCAGUGGCUCAGUCCUCCCACAGCAGACCUCAAGACAGCUUGCAGACCUCCGGACUCAGGACACAGUGGGAGCUGCUACCGGCUUGACGCCCGUGCUCCGGAGGCUAAGGAGGCGGGACACCCACUUCCCUAUCUGCAUGUACUGCUGUGGCUGCUGUAUUAAAUCAAAGUGUGGGAUGUGCUGCCGGACGUAGAGCCUUCCAGCUGUAACCUCCAUCCUCCCCUCCCGUAUUUAUUCCUGCCACCCUCCAGCACUCAAUAUGAAUGAUCUUGGAAUAAAAUGGCUGGUUCUAUCUUUUGUUU